GUACACACCGCACCGCACCAUCUCCAUGCUGCCAUCAUGGUGGUUAUAAAUACGAGGUCCACACACAGCUUCCGGUCAUUCCUGCCGUUGUACACACCGCACCGUGCCGUCUCCACACGGCCAUUCCGCGCCGUCCUCACACUGCCCUCACUUGGCGGGGAGAAGGGAAAGCGCGCCGCGUCUCCCGCUCCCGGAGCUGCAGGGCUCCCGAGCGGCUCGCGCACGUCAGUUCCCUCGUCAGCCUCCGCGACGCCCCGGACUGGCGCCCGGGCUGGGCCUGCGGCGCGGCGCCUCCCUCCGCCAUGGCUGCCCUCCGGAAGAAGCUGGUGGUGGUGGGAGCCGGCGCCUGCGGCAAGACGAGCCUGCUGGUGGUGUUCAGCCGCGACCACUUCCCGGAGGAGUACGUGCCCACGGUGUUCGAGAACUACGUGGCCGACGUGGAGGUGGACGGCCGGCGGGUGGAGCUGGCGCUGUGGGACACGGCCGGCCAGGAGGAGCACGACCGCCUGCGGCCGCUGUCCUACCCGGACACCGACGUCGUGCUCCUGUGCUUCGCCAUCAGCAGCCCGGACAGCCUGGAGAACGUGCCGGCCAAGUGGGCCCCGGAGGUCCGGCACUUCUGCCCCGGCGUGCCCCUCGUCCUGGUGGGGAACAAGAAGGACCUGCGGAACGACGCGGGCACCAGGCGGGCGCUGGCGGCCUGGAAGCAGGAGCCCGUGCGGCCUGAGGCAGGCAGGGACGUGGCCAGCAGGAUUGGCGCCUUCGGCUACCUGGAGUGUUCGGCGAAGACCAAAGAGGGCGUGAGGGAGGUGUUUGAGAUGGCCACGAGGGCUGCUCUGCACGCCAGACGCGGCAAGAAGAGUGGUUUACCAAAGACUGCAAACCGGAAGUCACCUUGCUACAGCGUUUAGAAGUCAACCAUGGUCAAUGAUAUCCAACUCGGCCACCACCACCAUCCCCCCCCCGCCACUGCCCUGUACCCUAACCCUGCCUGACACAGCAGGUGCUGUGAAUUUCUUCACUUCUUUCUUGAAAGAGAAAGCAGGUGUCUCUUGUGAAUCAGGUUGGAACUACUUUAAAACCAGCAUCCCACCUGGCAGCUGCAGGGUACUCUGAUGCGUUACCACUGCGGAGCUUUGCUCCUUAGCAGAUCUCAUUGGUGUACCUCUGGGUAUCCAGUUUGUUUCAAAAAAAAAAAAAAGGGGGGGGGGGAGUGGGGACUCAACCAGCAAGACCCAAGUCCAUGCGGCUGUGGCAGAGUUACAGCUCUGUGGUUUCAGGUUUGUUACCUUAUGGUUCCUGUGUAAUUAGUGCCACUUAAUGUAUGUUACCAAAAGUAAAUAUAUCUACCCCAGGCUAAAUGUGGUUUUGGUAUAAUUGGAUUGCAUAAUACCGAUAUUUGCCAACCCUUCAGAAUGUGUAUUGGCUUGUAAAAAAAAAAAAAAAAAAGUAGUGUUUGAAAAAAAUUGAGAUUGAAGUUUCAAUUUCAGUUUUGAAAUUCCCACUGUGUUACUAUCUCUGGUAAAAGAUAACCACAUCACUUGUUUUCUACCUAUAUCAGUACCUGUUUCCAGAGAUGAGCUAAGUCAAUAGGACUUUGUUUUCACACCUGAGGCAAUUAGAAUCUGUGGAAGGUGCUAUAAUCUCUCUCACCUGGCCUGCAGGCUCUGGCUGUAAUUCACAGCGCUUUUUCUCUUCACUGGGUCUAGGUUCCCUCACAGAGAAAUUGCCAAUCUUAAAGGUGGAACUUGAUUUCCCGCUUCUCUUUAGUGGACUAAUUUUUUUCCCCUGUACUUGUUAAUUUUUCCAACUAAUAAAAUAAAGGUAGUUUCAGCCCCAAAAACAGUGCUGAAGUUUUUUGAAACCUGAAAUGGCAAGAAAGGUGGUAAUGGAGGACAGAUUUCAAUGUCACUGUUAGUCUAAAUUAUUAAGCAACCAGAUAGGAUUUAUAGAGAUUUAAAAUAUAUCUUCAUGGUGGGAAUAAACAAACAUUAUCUUGGUUUGUAGCUCCAUUCCGAAUUCUGUAAAACACUGGUAGAAAUGGUUUGCAAACUUGUUCAGUACAGGGCCACAUCAUAAGUAUCUUAGGCUUUACAGACCAUUCUUUGUUGUGUAUUCUUUUUUUGGUGGUGUAUUUUAUUAACAACCCUUUAAAGAAAUAGAAAGCAUUCUUAGCGCUAUGCAAAAACAGGCCCCAGGCCAAAUUUAGUCCAUUAGCUGUAGUUUGCUGUCCCCUAGAAAUGGGUGUCUGGUUCCACCACAACCUUCUCUGCUAUUGUCUACAUAAAUGUCUAAGAUGUACAAGGUGAACUUUUUCACUGGAAGUUUUGUGACUGGCCGAAACAGAGGUAAACUUAAAAAUUCUGAUUAUAUUUUUUCUUUUAAAAAUGCUCAUGUUACAAAAUAAACAGAUACAGCGAUUUCAUGCUAUAUUAACAUAAA